AUGGAACCGAGAACCCACAAGAAGUAUCCCCAACAUAAGAAACCCAAGAGCAAGGCCCAGGACAGAUUCACCAACAGCUUUCCAUACAGGUUCUCGUGGCUGACAGAGCCCGCCACCGAGUCCCUGAAAGUCUGGGACAGCAGGAACACCCCCCCGAGGGACUUGCUACCCCUGCAGAAGAAGCUGGUGGCCACCAGGUCCAUCCCCGUCCCAGGGCUCGGGGCUCCGCAGCACACGGCAUCACCCAGCAUCUACCCUCCGCCCCCACCGCCACCCCAGUGCCACCUUUGGGAACUCAAGUUACUGAGCCUCCGCUUCCCCAAGCAAGCCAGACACCCGCCAUUCCCUCUGCACAGCGACACUAAAGACCCCUGGCUCAGGGAAGCAAAUCAGCCAUCCAGGGGCUUCUCCUAA